CUGGUCGACGCCGCCGGCUUCGUCCCGGCCGCCGCGGCUUCGUCCCCACCGGAGCCGGCGCAGGCUCGGCCUCGCCGCCGCCGGCGCGGGCUCGGCCCUGCCGCCGCGGAUUCGUCCCCGAGCCGCCCCAGCCUCAGCCCCCUCUGGCCCUCACCGAGCUUUGCUGUUUGUCUACACGAAGGUGCCGAAGACAAAGGGCAUGCCUUCAAGUCAUCACCGAGGUGCAAGGAUUGACAGUUUGUGCUUUAUUGCCACAACUGUGAGGAUCCAUUGAGCAAUCAACGCGUUGCAAAUUUAAUCAGUCUUCUGAAGUUUUGACAACUCUGAUCAUCUCAAUAGUACAUCAAAGUGCAAGAUGCCAAAAAUAAAGAGCCUGUCUAAUGCAUGUAAAGUAUCAUUUUCUCCGGACGGGCCCAUAUCUGAAGAAGCACUUGAGAAAGUUCGUGCACUGCUAGAUGAGAUAAGACCUAUAGAUGUCGGCCUAGAUAAUGAAGCACAGAUCGCACGUAAUUGGAAUAGUUCAACACGCCAACCGAAUGGAAGAAGGGGACGUAAUGGAGCUAACCAGUUCACAUCUCCAAUCAGAUACUUGCACAUUCAUGAAAGUGAAAGUUUCUCUAUGGGUAUAUUUUGUAUGCCACCAUCAUCAGUUAUUCCACUUCACAAUCACCCAGGAAUGACAGUUCUGAGCAAGCUUCUUUAUGGCACGCUGCAUGCUGAGUCUUAUGAUUGGAUUGAUAUACCUGAUCCAACUGACCAAUUACAGGAAAUUUCAGUGAGACCAGCAAGGCUUGUCAGAGACCGUGAAAUGUCUGCGCCAGAAACCACCAUUCUCUAUCCCAAUAGAGGUGGUAACAUCCACACUUUCAGAGCGAUCACACCUUGUGCGCUCUUUGAUGUCCUUUCUCCGCCUUAUUCUGCUGAGAGGGGGAGGGACUGUUCAUACUUCCGCAAGUCUUCAGUGAGGGAACCGCCUGUUGCUUUGCCCAGUGAAAUAAAUAACGCAGAAAUAGUCUGGUUGGAGGAAUUGGAGGACCAUCAACCUCCAGAGGGCUUUGUUGUGGCGAGAGGUCUGUAUAAAGGCCCAGUAAUACGGAGAUAGUUAGGUUUGAAGCACGUCUGCCCACGAAUCAUGAGCCAGUUGAAGGUGCAGGUUCCUUAGUAUCUGUUGCAUGUGGGUUAGUAUAGAGCAAAGCAUCAUUGAGUCGCUUUCUGCAGCCUGGGAUUUACUUUGUACAUGUCAAAGUGAUCUGUGAAGAUUUAACGGCCAGGUUACAUAACAGGAACGAAAAACUUUUUAUGGUUCUUCGCUUAUUAUUGGAUCGACGUUGUUCUGUGACAUAGUUGCGUGGCCCCCUAUCAGCUGAAAUUCCCUUUUUGCGCCGACUUGCAGGGCGCUUGUCAUGCUGUAUUAGGUAACCUCAAUGGCAGAAACCUUUUUCUCAUCUUGAUGAUGGUUCCAGGGAAGAAUUGGUGGGGAUAUUUGUGCUGUCGGAUUUUAUGUUACUUCUAUACGCACUAUCCAGUACUUGUGUGCGUGGGCGCUUCUUUGUAGCUCAUAUGUUCCAUCGAUGUCAUCUCUUUCAGGAAAGAUCCCAAUGCAAACCAAGCAAAAAAUAUAUAUAUAUAUGUUGGGUAUU